UCCUUCAAAUAAAAUAUCAGAUCCAAAGAAGAGGAGGUUGGAAGAUUCUUUCUUUCUUUCUCUUUCAAAUAAAAUAUCUCUACGUAACCACAGAAAAAAAAAAAACCUACUGUGACUGUCUUGUUGGUUUCUAGCUCCUCAAAUGGAAAGAGGAGGAGAAGAAGAAGAAGGAUCCCAUCAGCAGCAACAUGGCAUCUGCGACUACUGCGAGUCAUCGGUGGCUCUCGUCUACUGCAAAGCUGACUCUGCGAAGCUCUGUCUCGCCUGCGACAAUAAAGUCCACGUCACCAACCAGCUAUUCUCGAAACACUUCAGGUCCCUUCUCUGCGACUCCUGCCACGACUCUCCCUCUUCUGUAUUCUGCGACACAGAAAGCUCAGUGCUCUGCCAGAACUGCGACUGGCAACACCACACCUCCUCCUCCUCACUUCACAGCCGCAGACCCUUGGAAGGAUUUUCCGGCUGUCCUUCCGUGACCGAGCUUCUAGCGCUCGUGGGCCUCGAUGACCUCACUGACAAAGCUCUGUUCCUUCCCCAUCCCGGUGGAUCAUCGGAUCAGACCCCUCCGCAGAUCGUUAGCCUUAACGACCUGGUUGCUUCGGACGGGUCAAGUCACAAUUACCGGGCCAUGGAUGUUCCUCCUCUUCCUAAGAAUCGCCAUGCCACCUGCGGGAGACACAAAGAUGAGAUGAUCAGACAACUCCGUGAACUAUCAAGAUCCGAGCCUAGUUGUAUGAAAUACGAGACCCUAGAUGCUGAACUCGACACCUCCGGAUUCCUAUUUCUAGAACCGGGAAACGAUUUGUUUUCUUCUACAUUUGAAUCUCAGGUGAGUGGACUGAAAUGGUUAGAGGAUCAACAAGCAGACUAUUAUCUGUAUUCAGAUGAUAAUAAUGUGAACCGGGGAGGCUGCACUCAACAACAAGAAGAACAAGAGUCAUCGCCGGUGAUGGUUCCGGUUUCCACUAGUACUACAACAAGGUCGACACAUGAGAUCAAUAGUCUUGACAGAAACUCUGCUCUCUCUCGCUACAAAGCCAAGAAGAAAUCUCGAAGGUACGAGAAGCACAUCAGAUAUGAAUCGCGGAAAGUUCGUGCAGAAAGCAGGACAAGGAUCAGAGGACGUUUCGCUAAGUCAGAUCCAUAAUAUAGAUAGUUGAGUAUGAUAGCGAGUUUGUGGGAGUGGGUUUGCUUAGUUUCGUAUCAGGUAUUUGAUUGUAAAUGUCUCAUACAGAAACCAAUCAUGUUCUUGUAUAAAUCGAAGCAUUAUAAUGAAUAUAUAUGUCUACUAUGAUUAAUAA